GGACUGGCCACAGAGUGAUAGUGUUAUGUAGUGCCCCAUGAUGGUAAGUGUGCCGGAAAUGGAAACUUUAGUAGUAUGUGUAAGAAUUUUCGUCGGAAUGUAGCACUUGAGACGAGUGUGUGCACAACCCAGAUCACCUAUUCCACCACAAACUCUGUCCCUGUUGCAGUGCAGGAGGGCCUUUUAAUAAGACAAGUUCUGGGAGAGCAGGAGUUUUACGAAUGUGUGGUGUGUCACAGUUCUAUGUCUGGCAUUGUGCCAGCAAAGUCGCAUCUGGAAGGGUCCCGCCACCUCAAGGCCCUACGGAACAAGGUCUAUACUUCAGUCCUCACGAGUGCGAACCCAAAUACUUCCCAAGAUGGCCCUGGCCUCAGCCGAUCAUUCCAGGACCUUUCCCUUGCAGACGCCACAUACGGUUGCUCUGAUGACUAUGAAAUUUCUGCCGCCAUGAAAAGAGGAAUAAUAUCAGAGAAAUGCUUGAAUAAUAUGACAUUCUUCGAAUGCAACGUGUGCAACAUCAUGUGCACGGGGACAGCCAGCGUCUCAGAACACCUGCAAGGAGAGCAACAUCACAAGAAGCUUAAGCGACAGGUACAUCCAGAAGAGAAAGAGUGCAGGGUUGUUGACAUACCUGACAGUAAAUUUGGAAAGGUGAUAUCAGACGAGGAGCUAAUAGAACGAAGAAUCUUCAACGGAGCUUUGCACUACCACUGCAGACUCUGCAAUAGUUCUUGCACAGGAGAGGAGAACCUGAACCAACACUUGACAGGUAGACAACAUCUGAGAGCAAGAAGGAACCGAAAUUUGGGAGACUCAGCUGCAGCUUUUCAGACCAACAGUCCUGCGAGCAGGCAAACAGCAGCUGCCUUUACACCAGUACAGACAAAUAUCCAAGACCAGUUCACAUAUGACAGACUAAUGGCAGAGAGAGCAGCUGAUAGCUAUUACUGCAAUGUUUGCAAUAUCUCGUGCACAGGGAAAGAAAACUUUGACCAACAUGAAAGAGGAAAGCAACACCAGAAAGCACUAAAUAGAAGGCCAAUAAGUGGAGGUGGGAUAUCUGCAACACCCACCUUAUCCAGAGUAAAUGUUAAUCCAAAUAUGCUGGUUGCGCCUGAAGUGGGGCAGCGUCCCUCUCUCCCAGUUGCUGGUUUUGGGUGUGUACCACCUGUGAGGACCGAGGAGAACGAAUCAAAAGACCUAGUGGGACUGGCAAUGGAGAAUGGAUAUAUAAUUAAGACAGACGUUGGUUACUUCUGCCUGAUAUGUGAGAUAACCUGCUCUGGGAUUGUGCCUGUGACGGACCACCUGGCAGGGGACACUCACCAGAGGAAUCUGCAUUCCAAGCAGUUUUCCCAUAGGCGAUCCCCCCCCAAGCUUUUUAGGCCCAGCAAGCAUUCCACAAGGAAAGGUACAGAACCAGGUGAUGCAUGUCCUGAUAUUAGUUUAUUACUGAAGCUGAAUGAAGGAGUAUAUCACCUUUCUCGUGUUGAAGUUCCUGUGAUGUGUGAAGUGGGCACUAGCAACAAGGAAGGUGCCGGUGUAAUAGUUGAGAUCGACGAGACGCUGCUCGUGCGCCGAAAGUAUAAUAGGGGCAGACAGUUGAGCCAGGUGUGGGUCUUUGGGGUAUUCUGCGUGAGUAAGAAGAAGUUCAUUGUGCCUUUAGUUGGCACUGAUCGCAGUGCAGGCACGCUCAUACCCCUUAUUUGGAAAUAUAUAAAACUAGACAGUGUGAUAUACAGUGAUGGAUGGGCUGCCUGCCGUAACCUACAACAGCAUGGUUACAAACAUAUGAGUAUUAAUAAUUCCGAGAACUUUGUAGACCCACACGACCUACAAAUACACACAAAAUAUAGAGAGGUUGUGGAGGGACUUGAAGGAAUGGGUCAAGCGGCCAGGCAUUAG